AUGGAGCUUCUUGACAUGCCGCCGGAGAUCUUUCAACGUGUCGUCAAGGCAACAACAUGCAAGACAUUCCGAGAUUACAUUGACUACGAGGUCUUCUCCACGCCGAAGCUCAACGGCUACCUCAAGAAAACAGCCUGCCGCACCAUCCUGAAGAAAAACCUCGCGAAGUUUCUCUAUCUCCGCAGCAACAAACUCAACGGCUUCAUCCGUGACUUGGUGCCUAACUUUAUCCGAGACGUCAUGCAGAGAGCGGGACCAUGGGUCCACGACGACAAGGCGAAAGCAGCCCUGAGGAAGGUGCUUUGCGAGCUUUACGUCAAGACUGACAGAUAUGCAUAUGCUUGCAUCGUGCAAGAUGUCCGCUCGGGGCGCUACCAGCAUCACCUGCAAGACAUUCAGGCCACCAAGGCCAUUAAUCUGGUCGCUGCUGCAGCCGCGGCGGGUAGCCUUGAUUGGCUUCGGGGCCUCGCAAACCAUGACCAUCGACUUCUAUGGCUUCAUUCUCCUACCUUUGGGUAUCCAAUCGUUGCUGCUGCAUACGCUGGUCAAUUCAAAGUCGCCAAGGCACUUGCAGAACAAGCAGUCACAAGCCAAGGCUUAAGCAUCACCACCUCAGCAACUGCCGAACACAUUUCGUUCAGAAAAGCAAUCUGCACAAGCAUCGAACUUGGGCAUGAAGAAAUGGCCACGGUCCUCAUUCAGAAGUACGGCGAAGCAUUUGGUCCAGCUUCGGAAACAUGCAUGCAGGAAUGGCUGCAAUGCUCUGUGUCCACUCGCAACACAGCCAUCACCCGCCUUCUUUCACAAAUCCCCACUCAUGCAGGAAUUGACAUCUUCUACACUGCGUUUGAGGGCAGCUGUAGACUUGGAGACCCAGACCUCAUUCGCAUCUUCUUUGAAGAGGGCCGUCUGGAAAUUAACGGCAUCUCCUCGCACAGCUACCCCCUUAUCAUAGCCUCCGAGGUGUCACACGCGUCGACAGUUCCAGUUGAAGUGCUCCUCUCCCUGGGCGCAUAUUCAGACGGGCCUACAUAUCUGGAGCGGCAUGGAGGAGGUUACCGAAGCGCUGAAUCGCUCGUUAAGGGAAUCUCAGAAGCCGAGGCCUCUGUGCGGCAAACUCUUUGUCUGUAG